GUUUAAAAUCUCGACCGAUAGGCUCCCAAACUAUUAACUUUGUGUAGUCUUCGGUCACCUCUAGCUGUUUGGUGGUGCUUGCAUUUUUUGAGAACGGAGUUUAAACAGGCAUGAUGACGAGUAUAUCCAUAACAGCUAUUUGUUAUUUCCUUGUGAUCCAUAUCUUCAUCCUCCGCAAAGGAGUGGUGGCGGACUUGAAGGCCGACAAAGAAGCUCUUCUAGAGUUUGCAUCUGCGGUGGGCGGGGGGGAGAAACUGGGCUGGAGCAGGGAGGCCCAAAUAUGUAGUGACUGGGCUGGCGUGAAAUGCCGCGGCAGCCGGGUAGUGGAACUGCAUCUGCCGGGAAUGGGGCUGAGCGGGGGCAUACCGGAAAACACCAUUGAACGGUUGGACGCGCUGAGGGCCCUGAGCCUUGAUAAUAACUCUUUCACGGGAUCGCUCCCGUGGAAGCUGAUGAAGCUGAAGAGUUUGAACGAGAGCAACAACAGCUUUGAGGGCUCCAUUCCGGCGUCACUGUCGAGGUUUCCUCAUCCGUCCUUUGCGGGGAAUGCUUUACUAAUGAAUAAUCAGCCGUGCCGCCCUCGCCGCCUUCUGAUGUCAAAGAAAAAGAAAGACAAACUGGUGAAACUUGUUAUUGGAUGUAUAUUUACUGCAAUUUUUAUUUGUGGAGUAGUACUAGCAAUUCGGUGUUACCAUCGACACAAAGCAGGUAAAGAUAUUAUUGGAAAGUUGUGUUAAAAAUUGGAUUAAAUGGUUAAUUUGGG